CAUCAGUGCGUUGUGCCGAGCCGUAGCCUGAGAUGAGGCGGAAAGUUCGAGCUUCAUUUGAUGCAGCCAGUUUACAUCAGAAACCUUUGUGGGAUUUUUCAGAUUAACGUCGAAAGUGAACGUUUCGCAUUCAUUUGAAGAAACUACACCGGAAAAGAAAUAGAUGUGCUUAGAAAAUCGAGAAAACUGAUGUAGCUCUUGCAAUCGAAUAUUUAUAAAUUAAAAUUAAAAUAUUAGCUUCUUAGCUAGGACACUGUAUUAGCCCGCAAUCUAUAUAAAUUAGCUUGCUGGCUAGAUAGGCAUUUGCUGUCGCUAGACAUUGGCACAUAGCUAUAGCUAGCUAGCUACUUGCUGGCUGGCUAGCCAGCUAACACAUUUUCUGUAGCCUAACCAAGAACUCGUUUAGGUUAGCUUGUUUCCUCCCAGGGUCGUUUGAAAAUGCCAGCAAUGUUGGAGAAAGGUACCGCGGAGGUUUCGGGUAAACGAAGGGGCAGACAUGCGGUUAAUAACCCCAAUAAUAAAAGUUUUGCGGCAAAUGGGAAUAGCAGCAACUCUUGGGAAGACGGAAGCUCGGGUUCGUCCAGUGAUGAUGAGCACGGUGCGGGAGGGAUGCGCGUCGGGCCUCAGUACCAAGCCGCUGUGCCAGAUUAUGACCCAGAGGUAGCCAAAGCCAGCCAGGAGCGUGAGAAUUUGGGCAUGCUGGUGUGGUUCCCCAACCAGAACUUACCGGAAGCCAAACUGGAUGAAUACAUUGCCAUCGCCAAAGAAAGACACGGCUACAACAUGGAGCAGGCACUUGGCAUGCUAUUCUGGCAUAAGCACAACAUCGAGAAGUCUCUGGCGGACCUGCCCAACUUCACGCCCUUCCCAGACGAGUGGACAGUGGAGGACAAGGUGCUGUUUGAGCAGGGCUUCGGUUUCCAUGGCAAAACCUUCCACCGCAUCCAGCAGAUGCUGCCAGACAAGUCCAUCGCCAGCCUGGUACGCUUCUAUUACUCGUGGAAGAAGACCCGGAGCAAAACCAGCGUGAUGGAUCGGCACGCCCGCAAGCAAAAGAGAGACCGAGAGGAGAGCGAGGAUGAGAUUGAGGAGAACGGUGGGAGCUCUCCCAGCGACACAGAGUACGACCCGAACAAGGACGAGAAGAAAGAGACUGGAGCUGGGCCAGAAAAACAAGAAUCCAAGCCAGUGGUCACCCCCAAGUUGGCCACGGAUAAGCCGGCCCACGUAAAGAAAGAGACUCAGGGACCCCCGGGGAAGCACCAGCACCGCGCCAAGAAGAAGCCUCCUAAAGGCAUGCACCUGAGCCAGGGAGACGUGCUGGCCAUGUCCAGUAGCACCCCCGCCGCCGUCAACGUCCUGCGGCAACUGGACAUGGAGCUCGUGUCCAUCAAGCGACAGAUACAGAGUAUCAAACAGAGCAACAGUGCCCUGAGGGAGAAGCUGGAAGUCGGAGUGGAUAUGUACAGGCUUCCUGAGGUGCCUCAGAAGUUCAAUGCUCGUUGGACUACAGAGGAGCAGCUGCUUGCAGUGCAAGCCAUCAGGAAGUAUGGCAGGGACUUCCAGGCCAUCUCGGACGUGAUCGGCAACAAGUCGGUGGUGCAGGUGAAGAACUUCUUUGUGAACUACCGCCGGCGCUUCAACCUGGACGAGGUGCUGCAGGAGUGGGAGGCGGAGCACGGCGGCGAGGGAGCCAAUGGCACAGAGGAGGAGAAAAUGGACAUUUCGUCUGAGGAGGGCACCGCGAACAACAAGCUCCCAGAGGAGCAGGAGGAGGUGUCCGCUCCUCUAGAUGCACAGUUCCCAUCGGCAUCAUGAAGCCUCCCGCGAAGCCACCCGAUUUAUCCCUGUCGAUUCAACUACUGUUGUGAAGUCACAUGGGUGCCACGCAGCCACCUGAUUGGGCUUCUUCACAAAGGACACGCCUACUCCUCCACCCAGCCCCCAACCCACACCCCCCUGCCCUCACCCCUACCAGGACAAAAGCAGCUGUCACCAAAUAAAGCAUCUUUUUCUAUGGGAUGGACCACACAGGACUUCUGUGCCCCGAACCCAAAGCUGUCCAGAGAGUCCUCUGUGAUUUCUGCCUCUUUACCCCAGUAUCUCAUAUCCUGUUCUGUCUCCAUAUGUGUCUUCUACAGAUUACCCCUCUUCCUGCCCCAUCCAACACACGUCCUUCACACAUCCAACACAAGUAUCCCUAAAUCGCUUUCUUCCCUGCUGAACAUUUCUGUGGAAUGGACUGGCCAAAGCCUUGGAUUUUAUUUUUUUUUUCCUCCUUUAUUUUCUUGAAUCAUGCCAUUACAGAGGUGUUGCCGACGGCUUGUGUCCCUGCCCAUGCUUUCCUACGAAGUGGCUCUGAUCAUGUGUCUAAGGCUGGGCCUCUGCUUCAAAAGCAGCAUGAGCUGGGCUUCUUAGUGGCAUCACAGCUGAUAAUCCAAACUAGCGAGACUAUCACCAAGGCCUGGGCCAGAGGGGCCAGUGCCUGCAAGCGCAAUAGGCUAUGCUCAACAUUCUUCAGAGCUGUGUGUUGUAUUUUAGAUGUGAGGUUUGUGGGAGUGGUGAGGUGUUUGUUGCGGCAUUUGUAGUAAAUCAUAAAGUGUAGCAGCCCUCUUCCAUUUGCUGAAAUGCUUUUAUCUUUUU